UUGGAUUCUGUUAACCAAGAGCUGGAGAGGAUUCAGAAACUUCAGUCUCUUCUCCGUAUGCUUCUCCAAAUCCGUCCAAUGGCUGAUAACAUGAAGAAGACUCUUAUCAUUGAACCCAUGGACUGCCUAGUGAUCGAGAUAUUUGACAUCUAUGGAAGAAUCUGCAGCGCUAUAGCCAUAGCCAAGCUUCUCAUUAAGAUCUAUCCAGCUGCUAUGCCUCUUAAGAUUGUAAAGAAGGCUACAUCUCAAAGAGAAGACCUAGCACUCUACUUUGGUUUUUGCAAAGAGUUUGGGGUCUCAAACGCGCAUGAUAUCCUAAUAUUCGUCAGAAUCUCUGAAAAAGACAUUGAAGCGAUCGAGAAAGUCAUUAAUAAUGGAGUCAGAAAAAAAGAGGAGACAAAGGAGGAGCAUGAUGAAGUAGAGGAAGAGAAAGGUAUCAUAUUAAUAGAGAGACCAGAGUUCCAGACUAUCAUAAGCGAUAAAUGGGAACUUUUUGAAGACGCUACUUUCACAUGUAAGGAUAUCAAAUAAACUGAUCAACAUAGAUUGUAUAACGUGGAUCCGAGUUCUUUGCCUCUUAUAGUUAUGGAAGAGCCAGUUUACUUUUCUCACACGUUACCAGAUUUAAUCACCUUUUCUAAUUGCAACUUGAUCAGAUUCAUUUUUUAUUCCUUGGCCUAUUUGAGAAUCCUUGUCAAAUAUGGACGUUAA